AUGAUUGCCAAUAUUGGCCACAGCCUCAAUGGGCCAAUGGCAUUUCUCGCAUUGGUUGUGGUGAUAGUUGUUUCCUUCCUGGUGUAUCUCAAUUUCUUCUAUGUCGAUAUUCCCAAGAUCGAUGGCAUUCCAGAGAUUCCCAAUGGAGAGCUUUUGGCUGGCCACCUUUACCAGCUCGGAGCUGAUCAUGCCACUACUGCCGAGGCUUGGUCUGCAGAGUAUCGAUGGCCAGUUUUCCAAGUCCGCAUGGGCCGCCGUCGGGCAAUCUUCCUCAACUCUUUUGAGUCUGCCCGAGAAUGGUUGGUGAAGAACAGCACAGCCACUGUCGAUCGGCCGUGGUUCUAUACCUUCCAUGGUGUCGUUUCAGCAACUUCCGCUGCAACCAUCGGUACCAGCCCUUGGAAUGAAAGGACAAAGAAGCAGAGGCGUGUUGUUGGCUCAUUCACUACGGGACCCGCCAUGGCGCGGGCACGUCCCAUGAUUGACAUGGAAUCUUCAGCCGUCAUCGCGUCACUGUAUCGCGAUACUGAAAAGGGCCAGCAAGAAGCUGUUCCUCACGUAUACUUGAAGCGCCUCGCCUUGAAUAUGAUGCUCAAAUUUUGCUAUGGGACAAGAAUGAACUCGGUCACAAAUCCACUCCUGUUGCAAAUUCUUGAAGACGCUACUACAAUUGCUAGCUUCCGUUCAACCAACUCAAAUCCUCAGGAUUUCAUCCCUCAUUUACGCUACUUGGCAAAGAGCGAUCGUACUGCUACAGCUCUUGAAGUUCGCGCACGUCGUGACAACUGGCUUAACUCGAUGCUGGAUAAGGUGAAGUCAGCACUCAAGCCGAGUGAAAGUGACAAGAAGCCGAUUGCGGAGAUGCUGCUCGAAGACAAUACUGAGGGUUUGACACAAAUGGAUAUCAAGACAAUUCUGGGAGGGUUGAUGUCCGGAGGCUUUGAAACUGUCUUUUCAACAGCCAUCAUUACGAUCGGACUUUUGUCAACCCCUGAGGGACAGAUUCUUCAGCAGGAAGCAUACGAUGACCUCAUGAGCACUUACAACUCUCCAGAGGAGGCAUUCAGGGACUGUAUAUCAGAAGAGAAAAGUCUUUACAUUACUGGAGUGGUGAAAGAAUCCCUGAGAUUCUAUCCACCACUUAAGAUUCUCCCUGCCAGACAGACCUUCAAAGAGUUCGAAUAUAACGGAGCGAAGAUCCCAAAGGGUGUCUUAGUUUACACGAAUACACAAGCUGUCAAUCAUGACAAGUCGUUAUAUGGGCCUGACGCUGAUAAAUUCCGCCCGAGGCGUUGGAUCAACAAGGAUUAUAACGUCCCAGCACCAUAUCACUUCGCUUUUGGAGCGGGAGGGCGCAUGUGCACCGCCGUCAACUUCUCCAACCGGGUGCUCUACACAAUAUACGCGCGAUUGAUUCUUUCGUUUCGCAUUACUGAAAGCCAAACCAAUCCCGCCAACACGCAUUACAUCCAUUACAAGCGUGAUCCUACCGAAUCUAACUCCAUUGCCUCAGAGUUUAAGGUUAGGUUCACUCCGAGAGAUAAAGACGUGCUAGAGAGGUGUCUCAGCCAAGCUGGUGAGCGCUUGGCUGAUUUUAAUGUUGGGGAGGACUCCGAACCCCUAUUGUGA